AGGAAACAGGUUGUUCCUGUUCAGUUCUUACUGAGGAGAGACACACAGACGGAGAGACAGACGGUAAGAUUUACCUUCAUUACAAAGCUGUGACUUUAACUGAGGGAGGACAGUUACAGGACGGAGGACUGAAGUACUCUGAAGUUCUUCAACCAGCUGCUGACUGUAAAAACUCUCAAAGUGAAAGUAACUGAGGCAACUUUUUACAGCAGGGCAGGAACCAUAACUGACCAACCUGUUUAACGUGUUGUCUGCUGUUUCCAGCUGCACUCAGAGACAAAUGGCUUCCAGAUUAGAGGAGGAUUUCUGCUGUACGAUCUGUCAUGAGGUCUUUAGAGAUCCUGUUGUUCUGUCAUGCAGCCACAGCUUCUGUAAAGACUGUCUGAAGAGCUGGUGGAAGGAGAACAAACGUGAGUGUCCAGUUUGUAAAAGAAGAUCUUCGAAGGAUCAGCCACCUUUAAGCCUGGCUUUAAAGAACCUGUGUGAGAGUUUCUUACAGGAGAGAGAUCAGAGAUCUUCAGAGGCUCUCUGCAGUCUGCACUCGGAGAAACUCAAACUCUUCUGUCUGGACCAUCAGCAGCCAGUGUGUGUUGUCUGCAGAGAUUCAAAACAACACACCAACCACAGAUUCAGACCCAUUGAUGAAGCUGCACAGGAUCACAAAGAGAAGCUCCAGAAAUCUCUGGAGCCUUUAAAGGAGAAGUUAAAGGUUUGUGAAGGAGUUAAAGUGAAGUUUGAUCAAACAGCAGAACACAUGAAGGUCCAGGCCCGACGCACAGAGAGGCUGAUUAGGGAGCAGUUUAAGAAGCUUCACCAGUUUCUAGAAGAGGAAGAGGAGGCCAGGCUGGUUGGACUGAGGGAGGAAGAGGAGCAGAAGAGUCAGAUGAUGAAGGAGAAGAUGGAGGCCCUGAGCAGAGAGAUAGCAGCUCUUUCAGACACAGUCAGAGCCACAGAGGAGGAGCUGAGAGCUGAAGACGUCUCAUUCCUGAACAACUACAAGGCUGCAGUGGAAAGAGUCCAGCAGCGCCCCCUGCUGGAGGAUCCACAGCUGCCCUCAGGAGCUCUGAUAGACGAGGCCAAACACCUGGGCAACCUGACCUUCAACAUCUGGAACAAGAUGAAGGACAUGGUCUCCUACACUCCUGUGAUUCUGGAUCCAAACACUGCUCAUCCAGAACUCGUCCUGUCUGAAGAUCUGACCAGUGUGAGAGGAGGAGAGGAACAGCAGCUUCCUGAUAAUCCAGAGAGGUUUGAUUAUUACGGCUCUGUUCUGGGCUCUGAGGGCUUUAACUCAGGGACUCACAGCUGGGAUGUCGAGGUUGGAUACAGUACAGUCUGGUUACUCGGUGUGUUUGCAGAGUCUGUCCAGAGGAAGGGAAUCAUAGAGUCUGGAUUAUGGAGAAUACAGUUCUAUAAAGGUAAAUACUCAGCACGGUCACCACCAGCUCCAUCCACUGGUCUCGUAGUUCAGAAGAAGGUCCAGAGGAUCAGAGUGAAUCUGGACUGGAACAGAGGAAAGCUGUCGUUCUCUGAUCCUGAUACUAACACACACAUACACACCAUCACACACACUUUCACUGAGAGGAUGUUUCCAUACAUUAACACUGUGAAUAAAGUGAAGAUAUUACCAGUGAAGGUCAGUGUGACAGUGGAACAGAGCAGUUCGAGAUAAAGAGGAUGAUUAUAUUCAUCAUGUUUGUUUGUUUCUCUCUCUUUUUAUUUAGUUUGAAGAUUUGCUUUUUGUUUCUACUGUCGACCUUUUAAAGUGUAAAAUUAUUUCACUUAGUUUCUGAUCUUUGUGUUUGUUUCUUUUUAUUACUUUUAAUGUAAAAAUGUUUAAAUGAUCUAAAAUAUCUGAACAAUGUUUGCUGUGAUGAAGUGGAGAUGAUUCAGUUUGUAUCAGUCCUUCUAUUUAAGGUGGAUGUCUCGUGUUUAAGGUGGUAAAUGGGACGACGACCAAGUAAAAGAAAACAGUUUAUUAAAAUGUGAAUUUAAA